AUGAAUUUAUCGCUUGAGUAUCAAAACACCAUUCUUGCAGAGCUUCUUUUGGAAGAUGGGCUACUGAUACUUUCGCGUGGUCUAAGACUCUUUGGAAUAAUAUGUUCUUUGCUAAAAAUGCAUGUCAAGAAGCAAAACCUUGUUUUGCUUUUGAACGCCUCGUCAAAUGAAGAGCAAAGCUUAAAAGAGGGUUUGGCUGAUCUUGGUAUGAGAAAGCCUGGGCUUAAAAUAGUGAAUAGUGAAAUGGGAGCAAAAGAAAGAAAUGCAUUAUAUUUAAAUGGCGGCAUUCUUUCAAUUACCUCUCGAGUUCUUAUCGUUGAUUUGUUAAACAAAAUAAUGCCCACGGAUAAAAUCACAGGCAUUUUGGUGUGCCAUGCUGAAAGAAUAACUGAUACUUCCACUGAAGCAUUUAUUUUAAGAAUUUAUCGGCAGGAAAAUAAAGAUGGGUUUAUCAAAGCAUUUUCGGAUUCUCCAGAAUCUUUUACUUCGGGGCUCGCGCCUCUUCAGAAUACGUUACGUUUACUUCAUCUGAGAAAAGUCUUCUUGUGGCCUAGAUUUCAUAAUACUAUCCAAAAGAAUCUCGAAGAGCGAGGACCAGAUGUUGUUGAGUUACAUCAACCAUUAUCUGUUGCCAUGAAUGGCAUUCAAGCAGCAAUCAUUGAAUGCAUGGAAGCAUGUUUAUCUGAUAUUAAACGUGGAAAUCCUAUGAUUGAUAUUGAUGAUUUAACGACUGAGGAUGCUAUGAACAAAUCUUUUGAUUUAAACAUACGCCUACAACUUGAGCCAUUCUGGCAUCGGCUUGCCAAGCAACGUGUGUAUGUCCGAGUGAUUCCUAAAGAUGAUGAGGAAGAAUCGGAUAUUAAUUCGGAAUUCCCUCCUAAUAUUCAUCCAGUUUUGGAAGAGUUACCGAAAUGGAAUUUACUAGGAGACAUAAUGAAUGAAAUUGAACACGAGAUUGAGUUAUCCAAUAAGCAAAGCCAGCAUACAGACAACCUAAUCCUAAUAAUGACGGAAGACAUUAGAACUUGCUCGAAAUUGCGAGAGUAUCUUUCAACAAAUCAAAAUGACUUAAAAGAAGGAGAAACUAGAGGAAGACCUAUGCUCAAUAAAUUAUUAAAAAGUUAUUUUAGAAAUAAGGAUGGUAUCACAAAGGCAAGCCGAAAUCUACAUCAAUCUGCUUCUAAAUCAAAAAAUACUGACAACGCAGAAAAUAAAGUGUAUAAAAAAAGUGAAUCUGCUAGCAUUAACGAGAGGACAGAUAAAACGAAAUUGAAGACACCCUAUAAGCGUGUACAGCAACCGCCCAAUAAGCGUAGACGCGUUCGUGGAGGAUCUAUUGCAGCUGCUAUCGUUUCAAGAAAUCCUACAAUGACUACAAAUAUCACACCUCACUCAGUUGAUAACGAGAUCAAAGAAAUUGCUGAUUUAUCAUCGAAAAAUGAAUCGUCAAGUUCAUCUGCUCAAGCACAAGAAACGGGAUUUUGUCAAGAUGAAUUAGAUACUUCAACAUUUUCAAGUCACUUUGGACUGAUUCCAACUUCAUCAUUAGUUGUAGUUCGACCGCUUAACGGUGAAGAUGAUGAUCGACUUUUGGCAUCUUUAAAACCAAAAUUCAUUAUAAUUUACCAUCCUGACCCCGCUUUUGUGAGAAGAGUAGAGGUAUAUAAAGCUUCAAAUCCUAAUCUUUCAAUUCGAGUUUACUUUAUGAUGUACGAAAAUUCUGUCGAAGAACAACGUUAUCUAACUUCAAUAAGGAAGGAAAAGGAGGCUUUCGAAAGGCUAAUUCGUGAAAAAUCGACGAUGGCUUUACCUAUAGGACAAAUGGAAGUCAAUCUGGAAACGAGUGGGAAUUUUGCGUUACCUACACAAAAUACACGCAUUGCAGGUGGUGGCUUGACAGCAGACAAUUUACAGCAAAUUAUCGUUGAUGUACGUGAAUUUCGGAGUGCACUUCCAUCUAUGAUACAUUUGCGUGGGAUAAAAAUUUAUCCAUGUAAAGUGGAAGUUGGUGAUUACAUCUUGACUCCAAAGAUUUGUGUAGAACGCAAAAGUAUCUCUGAUUUGAUUGGCUCCUUUUCAUCAGGCAGAUUAUAUUCCCAAUGUGAAGCAAUGUCGAUAUAUUACAAACAGCCUAUGUUGUUAAUUGAAUUCGAACAUAAUAGAGCUUUUUCAUUAACGGCGGUUGAUGAUGUUAAAUCUUAUAUUGGCAUGAAUGAUAUAUCAUCAAAAUUGGUAUUACUCACUUUAACUUUUCCACGGCUAAAAAUCAUCUGGUCAUCUAGUCCUUAUGAGACGGUACAAAUUUUCCAGGAUUUGAAGAAAUCACAAGAUGAACCUGAUCCCGAAAGGGCCAUGGCAAUUGGUCUUGAAGGAGGAGAAGAUGCCGAUUCGGAUUACAAUAUUACACCACAAGAUUUUCUUCGUGCAUUACCUGGCAUUACCUCGAAAAAUUACAAACGCGUAAUGUCACGUGUAGAGAAUCUCAAAGAACUCAGUGAAAUGUCCUUAACAGAUAUGCAAGCUCUAAUAGGGGAACAAUAUGGAAGGUUAUUGUAUGAUUUCUUUAACAAGGAUGCGAGAGUUUGA